UCCCAUUAUUCAGUGCACUGUACUUUUUUGGAACUGAUAUUCAGUGAACUCUAUGUUAGCAUCUGUUAGUUUGUUUAUGUAGUAGGCUACUGGGGAUAUGAAUUGGCUUAAAAGAGCCACCAUCUUGUCAUAAAAACUCACAAAUGUAAAUAUACCCAUAUAGUUGAAGUACAGCAGAAAGUAAUGUGAAAUUCACUGAGUUGUUUCCAUGAUAAACCAUCACCCACUUGUGGUGAUUAAAAACUCUGAGCCUAUGUUGCUCGGACUCUCCAAAAAUUUUGCCGCUCUUGUGUCAGAUCCUCCAAAAAUGCACUAUGGAGGAUCCAACACGCACCCGUCGACAUUUUUGAAAAGUCCAAGCAACAUGGCUCUGAGCUGUACUUUUGACCAGGAUAUUGAGGGGGAAGUCAUGUAUUUUGGUUUAGGAGAAUAACAUGCUUUAAUCUCUUCUUCGUCUAACUUUUCUCUAAAUUAUUCUAUGAAGUUCAGAGUGAAAGACACUUUAGUUUUUGAAGCCUUAGUCGCGAUGAAGGUGGAAGAUGAUCGAGCGGGAGAGAUAGAAUUGAGAGAUUGAGGGGAAGUCGCGUGUUUUGGUUUAUGCUAUUAAGAAAAAGGAUGGUUCUUGCAACUUCUGGAUUAGUCAAGGGAUUUUUCUGUUUACUCUAGUAACACAAGGAUGUACCUUAGGUUUGGGCCAUAGUUCAAGAAUGGUUAUGGCCAAUAACUCCUAUAAAAUACAUUGAACUUGUAACGUUAUUUUAUGUUCUCAAAUGAGGAAGGUCAAUAAUAUUUAUGCUCAUCUUUUGUUCUAGGUCGUUAUUUUUCAUGGCGGCGACCAAAUUGCUUACAAUCUCCAUAGCACUCGCCGCUCUUUCUGCAUCUGCAGCAGCUAUAGGCGUUGUGUUUUGGAGAAGAAAGACAAGGGCUGAUGAGGAGAAAAUCCGAGAGUUGGAAAAAUCUUUGAAGGCUGCGUUGCAAAAUUGCGGUGCUGAGAGGCAAGGCCGCAUUAGAGCUCAACAGGCAUUGAGGAAGGUGGCCAACUCAAAUGAUUCUAAUAAUUCAUAUCCUUUGGCACCUAUUGCAAUCACUCAGUCAUGUUUCUCCACGAGGAAUGGGACUCCAAGGCAACCUUUGAUUGUACCACUUGCUAGAGCUUGUCUGGUAUUUGAUCCAACUCGAGUUCCGCCUGCAUCUCUUGAGGGUCUUGAAGGCUACUCUCACUGUUGGAUAAUCUUUGUCUUUCAUCUAAAUACGAAUCUUGACAAGUCAUGGAAGCAUCCAUCACGGUCUAAGUUCAAGGCAAAGGUAAAAGUACCAAGGCUGAAAGGAGAAAGGAUGGGUGUCUUUGCAACAAGAUCUCCUCAUCGCCCAUGCCCUAUAGGCCUCACUGUUGCAAAGAUUGACUCUGUGGAUGGGAAUAAAGUUUUCAUUUCUGGUGUUGAUUUAGUUGAUGGAACUCCGGUCCUUGAUAUCAAGCCAUAUCUUCCAUACUGUGAUAGCAUCCCCGGUGCAAUGGUCCCCGAUUGGAUAACGGCUGAUAAUAUAUUAGCUGUAACAUCUGUUAACUUCUCUCACGACUUCUCUGCCUCUCUGAACCAUUGUUGGUCAAGAAAUAUGGAGAAGAAGAAGAAAAAUGAGAUAUCACUUUAUACAUCUUCUACUGAAUUUCGAAACUUAAUUCAACAAGUGCUGUCAUGGGACAUACGAUCAUUAUCUCAGAGAAUCCGGCCUCAUAAGACUGAAAAUAACAGCAUGAAUAAUGUAACGCUUGAAGAUGACAACAGUGAAGAGGAACUUCAUUUUCCUGAUGAUAUUGUUUACCACCUUAUUUUGGAAGGCCUUAACAUCUCCUACAAAAUUGACUAUGAUGGCAAUGUACAUGUUGAAAAGGUUGACCCUUGCAUUCCAAACUGAAGAAAGUUACGCAAUUUCUUCAUAACAAGAAAAGGCAUGUUGGUUUGUCUUACUGCAUUAUCUGAUUUUCUGGUCUGGUCCAAACCAACCUUUUUUUGGAGUUUAACAAUCACGGCUUCUGCGAAAUGCCUUUCCUUGUGCAGCUAUCAGACAAUUGAUCCUGGUAGCGAUAAUUUUGCAGUCAUGUAGACAUGUAUGAGUCUAUGACAUUGUUACCCUAUCUUCCAUUUAUUGAAGUGAUACCUUAGAGAAUUAUCACAUCUGCAGUUUGAUCCUUUUGUCAUAGAGCUGGCAAUUAGAUCCACAAUUCAGCAGUGAUGAAGUGUAACAUUACUUAUGAAUUUGUAGCUGACUUUAACAGAUAUGAAAUUUUAUUUGGCAUGA